CCCUCCCUCCCUUUCUCUCAAUUGAACCAAACGUACCCUUACGUGGAGAUUUGGCCUUAUUAAACCGUGAACAAAGAUUUUUCCCAGAAAAAGAAAGCGUCUCUUGUGACUUGUGAUAUUUUCCUCAUUCUCCAUCUCCGUCCACUCAAAACACACCCACCCACAUAAAACAUAGUGAGAGAGAGAGAGAGCAUGGCAAUGGUGAACGGCUGCCUCUCUGUGACCUGCACUGUGUCGCCCGCUUCACAAGACUUUCCCAAUUCUUCAUCACAAUCUAGACCGCCGACGAAAAUCAUUCUCCCCAAUAGAAAACCUUUGAAAUGGUCCACUGGGGUGGCCCCGGGGGAUUACGGGGGCCCACCCACCUCUUCCAAGCUCAGAAAAUAUUGGGGUGGAGACGAGGACCCUCUUGCAUCGGAUGACUAUAUGUGGAAUAAAGAUUUCAUGGGACGCAUGAAAAGGCUUAUUCAAGACCCUGAGGAUGCUCAGGAUUUAUCCUCCGACCCAUCUUCUUCUAAGGAGGAGCCUUCUGGGUUUCUUAAUUUGAAUCGAGUCAUGAACUUGGACAGUUUGGAUAUAGACUUGAGUAAAGAGCUCAAAGCAACUUCAGCCACAGUAGUGGAACUCAAAGCUGAGGACGAACAAACUGUUAGAAGUCCUGGUACAAGAUGGAGAGCGGCCCCCACACGUCGUGAGCAAGAGAAGUGGGGUAGAGCUACCAAGGCCGCAACUGGUGGCAGUGAUGUCAUGCUUCGGGAAUCGAGACGCUCUAGGGGGGAUCCUGAAGUAUUGGCGGCUCAGUCUAGGGAACAGUACUAUAAGUUGAAAAACAAAUUGCAAGCACUCACACUGGCAAUUGGUGGUGUUGGAGUUCUCUCGUCUUACUUUGCGUAUACGCCAGAAAUUGCAGCAAGCUAUGGUGCUGGCUUGCUUGGUUCAGUGGCAUAUAUGAGAAUGCUUGGGAACACUGUGGAUUCCAUGGCAGAUGGAGCAAGAGGACUUGUCAAGGGAGCAGUUGGACAGCCAAGGAUAUUGGUUCCUGUUGUCUUGGUGAUGUUGUAUAAUCGUUGGAACGAGAUUUUAGUUCCGGACUAUGGGUUUAUGCAGCUUGAAUUGAUUCCAAUGCUUGUGGGUUUCUUCACGUACAAGAUUGCCACUUUGAUGCAAGUGAUUGAGGACGUGUUUAAUGCAGCUGGUGGGCAAAACCAAGUUUGAUUUUUGAGUAUUUGCAUGUGAUUUGAUAUUGUAAUGUCAAAAAUGAAUGGGCUAAAGAAUGUGAUUUAUAGUUGGAGACGAGUGCAGUGCAGAUGCUGGAUGGAAAAUCCAUACAUGUUCUCCAGCUUAAAAGUAUGCUCAAACAUUGUAAACCUGACUCUUUACGAGCCUAACUUAAACGAGCUUUCAACCAAAAAUCAAUUAUCGAUUUUCAAUACUCGAACGAAAAGAAAGGAUGGAUGCCUUUUCUUUUUUUU